CUCGCAGUUUCGACACUCAGUGGUUAAGCCACAGUGGUAUUAUAUAUUUUGAUAAAUUAUAUUUCAUUUCAAUCUGACCAUAAUACAAAAUGAGUGAACGUGCGGUUUUUUUGAUUUUAACUAUCAGUUUAAGCGUGGCUUAUGGAUUAGAUUUGUUUAGAGUUGAUGGUUUUUAUAGAAAUUUAGAGAAAAGGGAUAAUCUAAUAAUGUCACCUGAUCGUAUAGCGACAAACCUUAUUAGACAGAAAAAUUUGAUGAAACGAGAUAUGAUAGAAGAUAUUACCAAAAAAUCUACAAAACCCAUGAAUUUUGAAGAUCAAGGUUUCAAAUCAAAAUCCGUAUCACCAUUAGUUAAACGAGAUAUGAUGGAAGAUAUUACCAAAAAAACUACGAAACCCAUGGAUUUUGAAUAUCAAGGUUUCAAUCCAAAAUCCGAAUCAUUAUUAGUUAAACGAGAUAUGAUAGGAGAUAUUAACAAAAAAACUACGAAACCCAUGGAUUUUGAAGAUCAAGGUUUCAAUCCAAAAUCUGUAUCACCAUUAGUUAAACGAUGUAAUUAUGGUAAGAUAAAUGAUUGUUAUGAAUCAAAUACAAAUGUAGAAACCCGAGAAGUUGAGAAAAAAGAAGAACAUAAUUAUUCAUGUUACUCAUCAGCCAGUGAAACUGAUGAAAGUGUUAAGAAAGAUUCGGGUAAGGAAUGUAAAUGCUUUGAUUCAAAAACAAAUGAAGAAAAUUGUGAAGAAAAGAAAAAAGAAAAAAAGAAAUCUUCAUCUUGCUCAUCAUUCAGUGAAACUGAUAAAAAGGAUAAGAAAGAUUCGGAGAAGAAAUGUAAAUGCUCUGAUUCAAAAUCAAAAGGAGAAAACCGUGAUGAUGAGAAAUGUAAAUGCUCUGAUUCAAAAACGAAUGUUAAAACUCGUGAUGUUGAGAAAAAAGAAAAAAAGAAAUCUUCAUCUAGCUCUUCAUCAAACGAAACUGAUAAAAAGGAUAAGAAAGAUUCGAAUAAGAAAUGUAAAUGCUCUGAUUCAAAAACAAAAGGAGAAAACCGUGAUGAUAAGGAUAAGAAAUGUAAAUGUUUUGAUUCGAAAACAAAUGAAGAAAGCAGUGAAGAAAAGAAAAAAGAAAAAAAGAAAUCUUCAUCUAAUUCAUCAUCCAGUAAAACUGAUAAAAAGGAUAAGAAAGAUUCGGAUAAGAAAUGUAAAUGCUCCGAUUCAAAAACUAAAGGAGAAAACCGUGAUGAUGAGGACAAGAAAUGUAAAUGCUCUGAUUCAAAAACAAAAGGAGAAGACCGUGAUGAUAAGGAUAAGAAAUGUAAAUGUUUUGAUUCGAAAACAAAUGAAGAAAGCAGUGAAGAAAAGAAAAAAGAAAAAAAGAAAUCUUCAUCUAAUUCAUCAUCCAGUAAAACUGAUAAAAAGGAUAAGAAAGAUUCGGAUAAGAAAUGUAAAUGCUCCGAUUCAAAAACUAAAGGAGAAAACCGUGAUGAUGAGGACAAGAAAUGUAAAUGCUCUGAUUCAAAAACAAAAGGAGAAGACCGUGAUGAUAAGGAUAAGAAAUGUAAAUGUUUUGAUUCGAAAACAAAUGAAGAAAGCAGUGAAGAAAAGAAAAAAGAAAAAAAGAAAUCUUCAUCUAAUUCAUCAUCCAGUAAAACUGAUAAAAAGGAUAAGAAAGAUUCGGAUAAGAAAUGUAAAUGCUCCGAUUCAAAAACUAAAGGAGAAAACCGUGAUGAUGAGGACAAGAAAUGUAAAUGUUUUGAUUCGAAAACAAAUGGAGAAAACAGCGAAGAAAAGAAAAAAGAAAAAAAGAAAUCUUCAUCUAACUCAUCAUCUAGUGAGACUGAUAAAAAGGAUAAGAAAGAUUCGGAUAAGAAAUGUAAAUGCUCCGAUUCAAAAACAAAAGCAGAAAACCGUGAUGAUGAGAAAUGUAAAUGCUCUGAUUCAAAAACAAAUGUUAAAACUCGUGAAGUUGAGAAAAAAGAAAAAAAGAAAUCUUCAUCUAGCUCUUCAUCAAAUGAAACUGAUAAAAAGAAUAAGAAAGAUUCGAAUAAGAAAUGUAAAUGCUCUGAUUCAAAAACAAAAGGAGAAAACCGUGAUGAUAAGGAUAAGAAAUGUAAAUGUUUUGAUUCGAAAACAAAUGAAGAAAGCAGUGAAGAAAAGAAAAAAGAAAAAAAGAAAUCUUCAUCGAACUCAUCAUCUAGUGAAAAUGAUAAAAAGGAUAAGAAAGAUUCGAAUAAGAAAUGUAAAUGCUCCGAUUCAAAAACUAAAGGAGAAAACCGUGAUAAUGAGGGCAAGCAAUGUACAUGCUUUGAUUCGAAAACAAAUGAAGAAAGCCGUGAAGAAAAGAAAAAAGAAAAAAAGAAAUCUUCAUCUGGCUCAUCUUGCACUGAAACUGAUAAAAAGGAUAAGAAAGAUUUGGAUAAGAAAUAUAAUUGCUCUGAUUCAAAAACAAAAGGAGAAACCUGCGAUGUUAAGAAAACAGAAAAAAAUAAAUCUUCAUCUAGCUCAUCAUUUAGUGAAACUGAUAAAAUGAAUAAGAAAGAUUCGGGUAAGAAACAAAAAUGCUCUGAUUCAAAAACAAACGAUAAAACCCGGGAUGGUGAGUGCAAUAGUUCUAAUUCAAUUAAUGAAAAUGGUGAAAUGAAGAGUGGUAGCCGAAGUUACUCCAAUUUGCAAACUGACUUAGAAAACAGUGAAAUUAUGAACCAUCAACAAAUUAAUUAUUCUGAGUCAGAGAUCGGUGAACAAGACAAUGAAACGAUGUUAAAUGAAAUAGACGAAUCUUCAUCUUCAUUAUCACAUUGUGGAAGUGGUAAAAAUGAAUUAAACAAAUCGAGUAACCAAUAUAGUGCGUAUGAAUCGGAAGUAAACAAUGAAAUUAGGCAAACGACGAAUAAAGAAAAUAACAAAUCGUCAUCUUCAGUAACGUGUUAUGGAAGUGGUAACGAGGGAAUAAAAAAAUCGAACAAUCAACGUUAUGAUUAUUCUGAGUCAGAUAUUAAAGAACAAGAUAAUGAAACGAUGUUUAAUAGAGACGUGAAUUCUUCAUCUAAAUCAACUCGUUAUGGAUGUGGUACAAAUGAAAUUAACCAAUCGGGGUUAAAACGUAUUAGUUCUGAAUCAGAAGUAGAUGAAGAAUUGUCAGGAUCAAUGGGAAUGAUGAAACAAGAAAGUAUAUCAUCGACUUCAUCAUCAGGUUAUAAUCAACGUAACAUCAUGAACUCAAAUUCUGCACGUGGAGAAUCAAGAAACACUGUGGUAAAUGAUCAAUCUACGUCGUCUGCAUUGUACAACCAAGGAGGUGAAAAUGCAAUGGGAAAUGCGGAAAUAAAACAAUUGAAAUAUUCAUCGUCUUCUACUUCCGUUUCUGGUGGUAAAAAACAAAUGAAUCAAGUGACACAAAAGUUGGAAUCAAAUCAAUUUGAGCACAAUUUGAAUUAUAACGAAUAUGGAAAUCAAGAAGAAGAAGAAGAAGAAAUUAAUCACUCUGGAUGCUCCAAUCAAUGAAUAAAUGUAAAAUGCAGUAAUAUCUAAUAUAAUAUUAUAAUAUUACCAUUAAAUAAUACAAUUUUUAGCAUCUUAUAAAAGUCUAAACAAUUUUUAAUAUAAUACUACUGAACUAAUAA